UCUUUACCCUCAUUGGCGCUUCUCUCCUGCAGUCCGCCUCUGGGCCCUGCCGGUGAGUCCCCACGGAACCCUGGGGCCCCCCAUUCUCUCCCCGGCGGGAGAAGACAAGGAGGAUGGCGGUGGCCAGGCCGCCGCCCCUGCCCGUUGUUAAAGGGGACUCUUGGUGGUCUCGCUUUAUUGUCAGGGACCCCAGAAGCGCCGCUCAUUGUAGGCGCUUGGCGGAGAGGCUGCUGAGAAAGUGCUUUGGAGGUGCAGAAGGAGAGCAUUUCUUGAGGCUUAAAGUGGCAUUCUAAAGGCAAUUUAAAAAUCAUGUCAAGCUCAGUUGAACAGAAAAAAGGGCCUACAAGACAGCGCAAAUGUGGCUUUUGUAAGUCAAAUAGAGACAAGGAAUGUGGACAGUUACUAAUAUCUGAAAACCAGAAGGUGGCAGCGCACCAUAAGUGCAUGCUCUUUUCAUCUGCUUUGGUAUCAUCACACUCUGAUAAUGAAAGUCUUGGUGGAUUUUCUAUUGAAGAUGUCCAAAAGGAAAUUAAAAGAGGCACGAAGCUGAUGUGUUCUUUGUGCCAUUGUCCUGGAGCAACAAUUGGUUGUGAUGUGAAAACAUGUCACAGGACAUACCACUACCACUGUGCAUUGCAUGAUAAAGCUCAAAUACGAGAGAAACCUUCACAAGGAAUUUACAUGGUCUAUUGCCGAAAACACAAGAAAACUGCACAUAACUCCGAAGCUGAUUUAGAAGAAAGUUUUAAUGAACAUGAACUGGAGCCCUCAUCACCUAAAAGUAAAAAGAAAAGUCGCAAAGGAAGGCCAAGAAAAACUAAUUUUAAAGGGCUGUCAGAAGAUACCAGGUCCACAUCCUCCCAUGGAACAGAUGAAAUGGAAAGUAGUUCCUAUAGAGAUAGGUCUCCACACAGAAGCAGCCCUAGUGACACCAGGCCUAAAUGUGGAUUUUGCCAUGUAGGGGAGGAAGAAAAUGAAGCACGAGGAAAACUGCAUAUAUUUAAUGCCAAGAAGGCAGCUGCCCAUUAUAAGUGCAUGUUGUUUUCUUCUGGCACAGUCCAGCUCACAACAACAUCAAGAGCAGAAUUUGGAGACUUUGAUAUUAAAACUGUACUUCAGGAGAUUAAACGAGGAAAAAGAAUGAAAUGUACACUUUGCAGUCAGCCUGGUGCUACUAUUGGAUGUGAAAUAAAAGCCUGUGUUAAGACUUACCAUUACCACUGUGGAGUACAAGACAAAGCUAAAUACAUUGAAAAUAUGUCACGAGGAAUUUACAAACUAUACUGUAAAAAUCAUAGUGGAAAUGAUGAGAGAGAUGAAGAAGAUGAGGAACGAGAGAGUAAAAGCCGAGGAAAAGUAGAAAUUGAUCAGCAACAACUAACUCAGCAGCAACUUAAUGGAAACUAGGUUCAUGGGACAGAGUUAGAAAACUGGGAAUGAAUAAGACAUCCAUAACUACUAUUCUUUUUUCACUGUUUUCUAAAAUCAAAAAGGGUUUGUAACUUUUUACUGCCCAACUCUUAGAUCCUUCAUUGAACUGCCUAAAAAUGUCUUGUUUGUUUUAUGAGCCCUCACUAGAAGGCUGAGUUUGACAUGUUGGUAUUACGUAGCUAUAGUUUGCAGUUUCUGGGAAGCAAUUGAAACACUAUUAACCCUGUGUAUAGUGUCAACAGUUAAAGCAGACGAAACGAAGUAAGCUAUAUUUCUGGACUGAACAAAGCUCUGCUGUUUAGAGCAUUUAAGUUUGUUUAGUGGAUCCAUACUCAAAGGAAAGCAUAAGCAAAUUUUCCUUUACAAUGCAAACAUGCCACUGGUGGCAGCACAUGGUAAUUUGUGGAUUUUUUUUUUCAUACUCAAGUAAUGGAGGCUAGAAAUGAAGAGAACCUUCUUUUUCUCUUGACUUUGACAGCACAUGCUAAAAAUCUCUUCCAAGAAGUAUGCUAAAGCUUUUCAUUUGGUUCCUGUUAAAGUUGUUAUCACUGACCAGCAUGGACUCAGGCAACUGGUAAUGAUAAGCUAUGAGCUCCAGUGCUUUUGCCAAAAUUCUCUUGACAGCACACCUCCUCUCUUUCCAUGUUAUACAAAGGACUUCUGGCAAAAUGAUUGAGUCCUUCAAGUUUAAACUAACAUUUGGCAACAGCAAAUUAAACGUUUUUAAGAUGUAAAGAAAGGGUUACCGCUUGCUAAGGACUUCAGACACCAUGUCCGAAACCUGUUCCUCUCAAGUGCCCUGUUGUGUGGAACACUUCACAUAUUGGCGCAAAGUACGUAAGGAGGUCUCAUGUGCUGUAGGAGUAAAAAAGUCUUUGCAUAAAACAGUAUUUAUUUUUACUUUUGUGACCACUAUUUUAGAAACUUUAUUUAAUAUUUUAAUGUUUUCAGUCAUUGCUUUGGUUAUCUAUAAAAUAGGCUUUUGUGCCCUACUUUUCUUCUUGUAGGGCUUGGUGGUGUUUUAUCGAUUGUCAGAAUUGUUUUUGAAAGCCUAAGAACCCAGCUUUUUAGAAAGGAUUUUCACACUGGCAUUUCUAGGUAGUGAUAUUUUCUUCCACUUACCUGCUGAAGCACAUUUAUGCAUUUCUUUAUGGCAAAACCAAAUAACUUUAGUUGUGGUCUGCCUGAUACUACCAUAGCACCUCAGUACCAAGGGGAGGGAUUUUGACUAGUUGAAUUAUUAAGCCACCACAAUAAAGCAGAUUUUUAAAUAAGAAAUAAUAAUGUUAACUUGACUGUACAUUGAGAUAUUCUGCAGCUGAUAGAGCAGCAUUUAAAAAAUGUAACAGGUGGAAAAUUACACUGUGCUUAAUGACUGAUUUUUUUUUAAACUGCGAGUCCCUUAAGAUCACGUUUGUCAAGUGUGUAUUCACACAUUUACUUAAAUCAAGGGACUCAAUGCUUGCUUUUAUUUUAACCAUCUUUUACUAUUUUUAGAAGGAAACUAGCUUUAGUAGUGGGUUGCCCUAUAUGUUUUCUCUUUUUGCUCUUAAUAUGCCAUUGGGUUUUUGUGUGUACGUGAUUUUCAAAAUUCAUGACUUGAAGUGCAAGGACAGAUCUAGAUGUUUGUUUACCAAGCUAUGUGACUUCUCCCAAAGGAUCUGUACUUUCUUUCCUUACAACAGCUUGAAAAUCAUUAUUUUAAAAUCCUUAAAUCACUGUGUCUAGAUCAUUUUUUACAUUGUGUGCCAUAGACUUACCCAUGGGACAACAGAGCUCCUUCAUUUUUGGACAACUACUGUAAUCAUUUUUUUUUUUUUAGGAAAAAUGGAAGGUGCCGGGGGGUAAUCAUGGCCAGUCAAUAAUUAUAUAAAGUAGUUCAAAUACUAUAGCUGUCAGUUGAUAAAUUUGUUAUGUAGUAAAAUGUAUGACUUUGUAUGGGUUUCUUCAGCCCUUUUUCUGCCACUAGCAACCAGAAUAGCACUUUACCUUUUGGUUGGCUAGAUAAGUGGCUAACUACCUGUUUUUCUCACUGUGGUGUGAUUGGCUAAACAAUCUUGCAUUAAAAAUUCAAAUGUAAAUUGAAUUCACAUGAAAAAUCAUGUUUGGUUGUAAACCUCCAAUGUUUUGAUUCUCUAAUCAUGUUUUCGUCACAUGCUGAGUAAAAGUGCCUUACAAUGUAAAAAUUGUACAGUACUUAUGUUCCCAAGUAGCAUCAUCAUCUUCUGGGUAGUAAUUACAUUGUGGUAUUAAUAUUUAGAAAAAUGGACCUCAGCAGUGUAUUUACUGUACAUCUCUUAAGUCCUUAACUGUAGUUUUAAUAAGCAUGACAUUAUUUGAUAAGUAUAUAACAUUUACAUCAUUUCAAAAAAUACUGCCGUUACUGUCUUUUAUGCAUAUUUUAGCCUGAAAUUUUGAAGCGUCUUUUUUCUUUCUUUUUUCUUUUUUUGUUUUGUUUUUUGUUAUUGAUAUUAAACAGUGUAAUCUUUGCAAGCGUAUAUUGAAGAUUAUUCUGGAGCAUUUAUUGCCUUACCAGAAAUGUUAGUAGGAAAUGUUCUUUAGAGUAGAAAGAUAGACUUGAGUUUCUAUACUUUUAAGAAGAGCUCUUUGUUCCUGGGGGAGGGGGGCAGGGGGUGAAUUUCACUUUCAUCUCAAGUUAUUAAAAACCCACAACUGAAGUAAAUUUUAUUUCAAGAAUCAGCAGUUUUAGAAUUUCAGAUAGUACUUGCUCAGAAGUACAUGCUACUCAAGAUAUUAAGAGAUAACAAGAUCUGUAGAUCUGCUAUUGAAUCAGAAUCUGUGUACUUGAACAAAUGUGUGAAUCUCAAAUAUCUCAAAGCAAAAGAAAAAGUGUUCUAGAGUGUUGUUGCUUUUUUUAAAAAAAGCGCUGAAGUUAGACCAAGGUAUACAGUUUUGUUCUAACAGACAUUUAGGUUAAUUGUAAAGAUAAGGAAUGCAUUAUGGGUCAAAAAUCAAACAUUCCUCUCAUGUUAUGUAUAUUUUGUUCCUGUUAUAUUGGCUUUAUUUUCAAAAUUGUAGUUUGUAGUAUUAGUUUCCUUUUAUUGGUAUUCUUGCAUAUACUAUUCAUUCAAUAAAUGACUUAUGACUUUCA